AUGAAAAUUCAAGGCAAUAGCAAUAGAAUUUUCAACCUGGUGUUGGCCAAAAUGUUGGUUAAUAUUGAUAAAAAGAUGAAGUUACCUAAUGAAAAUAUAAAAUAUAUGGCUCUUAAAAAUGAAUUAAGAACACUUAUAAUAGACCAUCAGAGCAUUCUGAAGAAAUAUGAUGAAUUUUUAUCAAUAUUUCGACCAAUAAUGUUGCUGCAAGUAUUUGUUUUGUCGUAUACGAUCAUUUUUCUAUGGUUCAUUUUUAUAGCGAGUUUGAUGGAAGAAGAUAUUACGCAAUAUAUGGUAUUGACAUUGGUGAAAGCUAGUUUUGGAAUUCCUUUUUGUACUUUUCAAAUGUAUAUGACAUGUUUUGUAUUUAAUACAUUAGAAAUCAAAAAAGAUUCUAUAACAUUUGGGUUGUAUAGCUCUAAUUGGACAGAAAUGGAUCUUAAAUUAAAAAAAUUGAUUUUGUUAACAAUGAGAAUGGCUAAUGCCCAACAGGAUAAAUUACAAUUUACAAGGACAAGAAUUAUUAACAUGGAAUUAUUUUAUCAAACUAUGCGUGUUUGUUACACAGUUGUAAAUGUGAUGCUAAAUUGUAAAAAUAAAAAAUUGGUAUGA